UGCUAACAUCACAGUGCAAGCAAGUACCUUUUUCUUAGUGGUUGGGCAUUGAAUAUUUAAGUAAUCUUUGAUAGAAUAUUAUGACUCCACUUCUGUUCCUCUUGGCAUUCGGAAUCUCAGUGGAAUCUGCCAGGAUCCUUGCUUUCUUCCCAGUUCCGUUUCCUUCGCACCAUUUCAUCUUUCGGCCAGUAAUUGAAGGACUUGCCCAAAAAGGUCACCAGAUACUCUAUGUGACAGGAUUUCCUUACAAAGAAUCUCCAAACAAUAUAGAUCAAAUUAUAAUAAGAUAUAACGUAUCUGAGCUAAGAGAUGGAAUUACUGAUUUCCAAAAAAUGCCAGAGCGAACCAUACUGCAAAGUAUGGAUGAUAUGUACAAGAUAUCUGUGAUAAUGUCCCGCUAUAGCGUAGGAAGUAAAGAAGUACAAGAUCUGAUACACUCAGACCAGAAGUUCGACGCCGUCAUGUUUGAAUCUUAUUUUUAUCAUGAAUUCGUCUCAGCAUUAAUUCAUAAGUUUAAUGCUAUUGGUAUAGAAGUGAUGUCUUUAGGUGAUAAUGCAUGGGUCAACGAGAUGUCGGGAUUACCAGAUAAUCCUUCUUACCAGCUGGAUUUCAAAUCAGGCCUCUCGAACGAUAUGAGCUUCUGGCAAAGACUGUAUAACACUUAUGUUACUGGAGUAACAACUAUUGCUGGUUACUAUUAUUUGCAUUUUCUCAUGCAACCUAUAAUGGACAAAUAUUUUAAUUACACUGGAUGGGAGAGUCGGCCAUCGAUAGACGUACUUGCCAGAAACAGGAGUCUGAUCCUAGUAAAUUUUGAUUACUUGUUUGGAUAUCCAUAUCCAGUCGCUCCGCAUCGCAAAGACAUUGGUGGAAUCAAUAUAAAACCAAAUGAAGUGCUACCAAAGGACUUACAAACCUUCAUGGACGAGAGUAAAGAAGGUGUGAUCUUCAUGUCAUUAGGAUCUCACAUAGACGCUAAAUAUCUAAAAGAACAAAUGAAUGCAUUCCUGGAAGUAUUCAAGGAGUUGCCUCAAAGAGUUCUUAUGAAGUAUGAGCCUGAAGAUGAAAGCCAGGUCCCACCAAAUGUGAAAUUAUCUAAGUGGUUUCCUCAGCAAGAUAUCUUAGCUCAUAAGAAUUGUAUUCUGUUCAUAACACACGGAGGACUGCUUAGUUUAGCUGAGGCCACUUAUCACGGGCUACCUCUAGUUGGCAUCCCUAUCUUAGCAGACCAAGCGAAGAAUUUAGCGUUCGUUGAAUCACAAGGAUUCGGAAGAAUGUUAGGACUAAAUAACGUGACAAAAGAGACAGUGUCCUGGACAGUUCAGGAAGUUCUCAGUAACAGCAGGUAUAGAGAAGAAGCACUUCGAAGAUCGAAGAUUUUCAAAGAUAGGAGACAGACUCCUGCAGAAGAAGCGGUUUACUGGGUCGAACACUCGCUGAAGUAUCCAUUCGCACUAACUCCAGAGUCAACAAAGUUCAGUGCAGUAGUGCUUCACAUGUUAUAUAUUAAGCUUUUUAUUACAUUAGUAUUUUUCUUAGCAAUUUACAUCCUUUACUCAGUUAUCAAGGUGGUAAAAACACUUACUUGUAAGACCAAAAGAAAAAAAUAAACUAAAGAUUCAUGAGUUAGGGAUAUAUGAAUAAUAUUUAUUACAUACUUCUGGUUUUAUUUUUUCAUCCUUGUUCUACCAAUACUCAGUUCAUGAAUCAUUUAUAAAAGUCACAGG